CGGCGCGGCCAUGUCCUUUAAAUAAGGCCUUCCCGAGGCGCGCGACAGAGAGGCGUGGGUUGUACUGGCGUGUGAUUGUUUCGCUAGGGUCCAGGUCGCGGUUCGGGGCGGAGGCGCCGCUGACCACGAGCCUUCCUUGUGCCUUCAUCGGCUCUCCCGCCCCAGCCCCUCACCGGGCAGAAGCGUGGGAGGUGGAUUAAGUGGGAGCAGGUGAGGCCCGUCCGCUACUGAGAGAUCGACUCCUACGUUUGACUGUCCGUUGCUCACAAACUCUUUAUCCGCACGGGGUGGCAGGAGAAGCACUGAACAUGCAGUGUUGACGUUCAGGCCAGAUGCAAGCCAGAUUUCUAUUGCUGUUGAGUGAAAAUUCUAGAGACAUCCUGCCUCCUUAGGAGCCUACACUGCCAGGCAGCAGAAUUGUGAACUAGAGUGAAGCAGAAAUCUAGGAAUAUGAGCUCCAUGAUGGCCAUGGGUGAACCAAGGCUGAACUGGGAUGUUUCCCCCAAAAAUGGCCUUAAGACAUUUUUCUCUCGAGAAAAUUAUAAAGAUCAUUCCAUGGCUCCAAGUUUAAAAGAACUAUGUAUUUUAUCUAGCAGACGUAUAGGAGAAAAUUUGAAUGCCUCAGCAAGUUCUGUAGAGACUGAGCCGGCAGUUAGUUCAGCAACUCAAGCAAAGGAAAAAGUGAAAACCACAGUUGGAAUGGUUCUUCUUCCAAAACCAAGAGUUCCUUAUCCUCGUUUCUCUCGUUUCUCACAGAGAGAGCAGAGGAAUUAUGUGGAUUUGUUGGUUAAAUAUGCAAAAAUCCCUGUGAGUUCCAAAGCUGUUGGAAUAAAUAAAAAUGAAUACUUGCAGUACUUGGAUAUGAAAAAACAUGUGAAUGAAGAAGUUACAGAAUUCCUAAAAUUUUUGCAGAAUUCUGCAAAGAAAUGUGCACAGGAUUAUAAUAUGCUUUCUGAUGACGCUCGUCUCUUCACAGAGCAAAUUUUAAAAGCUUGUAUUGAACAAGUGAAAAAGUAUCCAGAAUUCUAUACUCUCCAUGAAGUCACCAGCUUAAUGGGAUUCUUCCCAUUCAGAAUAGAGAUGGGAUUAAAGUUAGAAAAAACUCUUCUUGCAUUGGGCAGUGUAAAAUAUGUGAAAACAGUAUUUCCCUCAAUGCCUGCAAAGUUGCAGCUGUCAAAAGAUAUACCUGCCACUGAAACACCAGAACAAACAGCUGCAGCUAUGCAUUAUGACAUUAGUAAAGACCCAAAUGCAGAGAAGCUUGUUGCAAGAUAUCACCCUCAGAUAGCUCUAACUAGUCAAGCAUUAUUUACCUUAUUAAAUAAUCAUGGACCAAGCUACAAGGAACAGUGGGAAAUUCCAGUGUGUAUUCAAGUAAUACCUGCCACAGGUUCAAAACCAGUUAAAGUAAUUUAUAUUAAUUCACCACUUCCCCAAAAGAAAAUGACAAUGAGAGAGAGAAAUCAAAUCUUCCAUGAAGUUCCCUUAAAAUGCAUGAUGUCCAAAAACACAACUGUUCCAGUCUCUGCAGUAUUUAUGGACAAACCAGAAGAUUAUAUAUCUGAAAUGGAAUCCACCUUUGGAAAUGCCCCUUCGAUCCUUGGGAGGGAAAAGAUGUCUUAUGAAGUUAAUGAGUGCCGAAAAAUUGAGACCCAUGAAAACUUGGAUCUGGAUUUUGAUGAUGACGUCACAGAACUUGAAACUUUUGGAGUAACCACCACCAAACCAUCAAAGUCACCGAGUCCAGCAAGUACUUCCAUAGUACCCAACGUGACAGAUAUGCCCCCAGCCCCCAGCAUAGCAAUCACAUCUGAGGCACCAAUUGCACCAGACAUUACUGCUCAUUCUAGAAGUAUAUCUCAGAUUCUGAUGGAACAGCUGCAGAAGGAGAAACAGCUGGUGACUGGUAUGGACAAUGGCCCUGAAGAGUGCAAAAACAAAGAUGAUCAGGGAUUGAUCCCCUGUGGUGAAAAUGUAUCAAAUUCUGAGAAGUCUUUGGUACAAGAUAGUGACUUGAAAACAUCUGAUGCCUUACACUUAGAAAGUUCUUCAGAAAUUGAAACCUCUAAUAAAAAUGAUAUGGCUUCUGAUAUGGAGUGUGUUGAUGAAAGAGUGAAUGUUCCAGAGAACACAGACAAUAAUUCAAAGGAAAAGCCUGUUACAUCAGAAGCAGCUAAAACUGAAGAUGUAAUUCUUUGCCAUAGUGAUACAGAUGAAGACUGUUUAAUCAUUGAUACAGAGUGUCAAAAUAAUAGUAAUGUAAAGACUGCUGAUAUGGGUUCUAAUUUAAGUUCUAAACCAGCUAGCCUAAAUUCUUCCUCAGGACAGGCUUCUGUAGGAAACCAGACUAAUACUACUUGUAGUCCUGAAGAGUCAUGUGUUUUAAAAAAACCUAUCAAACGAGUGUAUAAAAAAUUUGAUCCAGUUGGAGAAAUUUUAAAAAUGCAGGAUGAACUCUUAAAACCAAUUUCCAGAAAAAUACCUGAAAUGCCGCUGAUGAAUUCAGAAAAUUCUAAACAACCUCCUAGUUCUGAGCAACCCUCUGCUACUUCAGAUGCCUCUAGUUGGCCAAAAUCUAUAUGGCCUUCUGUGUUUCAGAAGCCAAAAGGACGAUUGCCAUAUGAACUUCAGGACUAUGUUGAAGAUACAUCAGAAUAUGUAGCUCCUCAGGAAGGAAAUUUUGUUUACAAGCUAUUUAGCCUACAAGACCUGUUGUUACUUGUGCGAUGCAGUGUCCAGAGGAUAGAGACCAGACCACGUUCUAAAAAACGGAAGAAAAUCAGAAGACAAUUUCCAGUUUACGUACUACCAAAAGUGGAGUAUCAAGCUUGUUAUGGAGUUGAAGCUCUGACUGAAAGUGAACUUUGUCGCUUAUGGACUGAAAGUUUAUUGCAUUCCAACUGCUCAUUUUAUGUUGGACAUAUUGAUACAUUUACUUCAAAGCUUUUCCUGCUAGAAGAAAUCACCUCAGAAGAAUUAAAAGAAAGACUUUCAGCACUCAAAUUUCUUCUGUUUAAUAGGAUAUCAAGUUUAUUUAACAUCCUUCAACACAUUCUAAGAAAAUUAAGUAGCUUGCAGGAGGGCUCCUACUUGUUGUCUCACGCAGCAGAAGAUUCUUCACUCCUGAUCUACAAGACCUCUGAUGGAAAAGUUACUAGGACAGCGUACAAUUUGCAUAAAACACAUUACAGCCUUCCUGGUGUGCCUUCCAGUCUCUCAGUUCCCUGGGUCCCGUUAGACCCCAGUCUCUUAUUACCAUAUCAUAUCCAUCAUGGAAGAAUACCUUGUACUUUUCCACCUAAAUCACAAGGUCCCACAACACAACAACAAAAGGUUGGUGGAACAAGAAUGCCUACCCGCAGCCGCAGGAAUUCAGUUUCCAUGGAAACCAAAAGUCUGCCUGCUCAGCAAGUUGAAAAUGAAGGAGUGGCUCCAAGUAAAAGAAAAAUAACUUAAGGACUGUACCAUGGAAAAUGAAGAAAAACCAGUUAUCACAACAAUCAAUUUAGAAAAGUUUGAGGGGAAAUAUACCUGAAAGAUCUGUAGGCAAGAGGAAUGUUUUUCUUUCACUGUUCUUGAGAGUUUUUAUAGUGCCUUGCAAAUACACAUUGACUAUGUGAAGCAGUGAUCCAACUAAAAUGGAAUGUUGUGCUCUUAACACCUGAUGUUUGAGGAGACUCCAGAUAUGGUUUAACAUUAUCGUGGCAGGGAAAUAAAGAGAGAAGAAAAUAUUUUUAUAGUAGACCUUUUGCAAAAAAUUUUAAGUAGGAAAAUAAUUUGCUUUUUUUCGAGAGCAAUAUUUAUCAUUAUGUAUUAUGUUAAUAAUUUGAGUUGUAUUGCCGGUCUGUUGAGGUUGGCUCAAAAGGUUAAAUCUUGCCACUGUCAGAGAUAAUUUUGAACUACAUAAACCUUAUUUCUGACCCAUUUGACAGUUUUUAUAUACUACUUUAAAAUGAUGAUUGAUGCAGGUUAAAGAAGUUAAUAUCUUGAAAAACUUGGUGAAAUUCCAUUGCAGAAGCCAAAAAGGAAAAUAAAAAACCCUCUGCCUCUGAAAAUUCACAAGUAAGUUAACAGUUUUUUAUUGGGCAGUCAUCAGUUUAAAAAGAAAAAACUCUUGUGGUGUAACAGGUUCGGUGACGAAUGCCUCUAUCUCUUGGCACAAAUCCUGGCUAAGUUUUGAAAUAGGCUACUAAAAGCAAAGAGAUGAGUAUAGUUUCCAGAAAAAUCUCAUAUUUCAACCAACAAGGCUAAUGUGUGGUAAAACGGAAGGUAUUUUUCUUCAUCUACACUGAUUCAUUUAAAUUUUUCAGGACCGUGGAGAUGAAUUUGGAAAAAGGCAUGAUCAAUUGAUGUUAUUAUAGUCAAUAAUAAGAAGGGAUGGACUUAAGAAGGGAUGGACUUAUUUAACUUUUGUAUUCCUCCUCUUUAAUGUGCACUAAAUAUGUGCAUCUUUUGUAAAAUACAAGCUUUGUAAGAUAGGGCAAUAUUUGCUGUGUUUUUGGAAUUUUUUAUGCAUUUUAUAUUAAUAUAAGAAACUAGUCCUAGAAACCUUCUCAACUGUUAUAAAUAGCAGUUAAGUAUUUUAUUUACUACCAAGUUUUGAUUUUUUUGGUUGGUUAUAAAAUUUUUUUCAAAUUAAUGAGCAAUUACUAGUAAAAUUGUUUUAUGCAUUUUAAUAUAUAGUUUCCUCAUCCUGCCAUUCCCAUUUUAAAAUAUUGAGCUUGGUUUUCAGUGGUCUUGAUCUUUUUUUAACUUUGUCACAUACCCAUAUUUCCCAGAAAUAUUCCAGCUGUGAGUUAUUUGGCAGUGAACCAAGGGAGAGGCAGGGAUUCCCUUGGAAUUUGCUCUUUUAAAAAAACUAAACAAUGAUUGCUUCAGACUUCUGAAUACCAGAAAGAGUUGGCUUUCAUUUUUUUAGUAUACUUUUUACUUAGUAAAAUGUGUGAUCUUACAGGUGGUUAUUUUGAAAUUAUCUUAGCCAUCUAUCUGAGUAACCCUAGACUUUGUUUUCCACUUGUGCUUUAUCAAGCCUCUUUUUUCUAAUGUAUAUUUGAUCUUGUGUUCUUUUUCUUGAUUUUUAGUACUGAGAAUGUAUAAACAAGAAAGUGACAUUGACAGUAUGAGCAAAGAUUUAAAAAAAAAAACAGACUCAAUGUUGGCAAGAAUGUGAUGAGCCUGACCCACUUAUAUCUCUGAGGUGAAGGUAUAAACAUUUCGUUCAGUAAAUGUAUGAGUGCAUCUGUACUGUAUGCCACACAACCUAAAGUAGGUCCUUAUGUUUACCCUCUGAUAAAAUUCUUUUUUCAUAUA